UUCGCGCGCGCUGAGGUGAUGGCGCGCGCGAACGCGAGACGGGGGCGAACGCGAUAGAUUAAUAACGACAGCUCGCGAUGGUUGGUUUCAGUAAGACGCUCAACCGCUACCGGGUCGGCGAGUGGCACACGAUGUACAUCGACUACGAGCAGCUCAAGACGCUCGUGACGGAACAAAAGCGCAUACGCGAGCUCGAAGCUCCGGCCGGGACGACGUCGGCGGACGACGACUAUCGGGGACGAGACAGCGUGGACGAGACGCAGUGGAAUCGAUACGCCAACGCGCCGACGCUGACGACCGAGCUCGUGGAAAUUGAAAAGACGCCGGGGGAGCGCGAAGCGCUGGAAACGCUGUGGGACGCGCUCGGGAUGGAUUACGAACCCAUGCUCGCGGUGAAGAGCACGCUGCAAGACAACGGAAACGGCGUUGCGGAAGUGCUGGUGAGAUUUUACCAAGCGCUGGACGUGCAGGCGAACAGGUGCAACUCGUUUUAUGAGACGCUCGUCGAAAUGCAAGCGAAGGCACUCGCGACGGCUUUAAAGCGCGUUGAGGUCAUCGACGCGUCUUUGAACGUGGCGACCCCAGUCGUGAGCCCGAGAGAAUCUGAAGCCGAAGUCGAUCAAGGCGGCGAGACGGAGAUCAAACCAGUGAGGGCCGGAGGGCGUCACUCGCGCCACGGCUCCCUUUCCACGACUUCUGGUACGGACUUGCAUGCUCUCUUCUCAAAGUACAAAGAGAAGGAUAAAAUUACGGAUUCGUCUGAAGCGGCGGCGAAGCGCGCGGCACAGGCGCUGGUGGAUACAAAUACGUCCUCGUCGACGGCGAAGUCGCGAGAGACGACGGUGAAAGCGCUCUUGCACGACAUUAAAGAAAUUUACUACUCCGUGUGCAUGAUUCAGAACUUUAGCACGCUGAACGCCGUGGCGAUUCGCAAGAUUACGAAGAAAAUGGAUAAAGAAGCCGGCACGCGGACGAGCGGUAUAUACUGUACCACGUGCGAUGAGCUCGCGUUUUGGCCAGACUUGAAAGAGUCAACGUUUCAGUGCAAGACCAUGGCGAAGCUUUGCGAAGAAGCGUUUCUAACCUGCCACGCGUUGAUUCGCCGCAUAGAGGCUACGAAAACCGGUCUCGUGCGCUUCAAUACUCGAACGCAAUCGUUCGCGACGCUUCGCCGAAAGGAACGCGUGGAACUACUAGAAAAGCUUCGCAGUACGGGCAACCGCAUCAAAGACGACGGCACCAAGGUCAACUUGGACCGAGAUUCGCCUGAUAAUCCGAUUCUCUACUUCACCGGCGGAUUCUUCUGGGGUAUCGCAUUUCCAGCAUUGCUCAUUCCACUGUGGUACCUCGUCGUUUCGUGCGGUCUGCAGUCCACUGACGAUAGGUGCCGGAGAGAAUUGGCGGCGUUUGUCACCCUUCGCGGCGCCAUGCUGGUUUUCGGGCAAUCGCUGUUGUGGGGACCCACCGUGUACGUUUGGCAAAAGCUGAUGGUACACUGGGAGCUGAUCUUCUUUCGGAGCGCCGGUAAGACGGGUUUACGAGCAGAGUACGCCAUCAUCGCUACCGUGCUGCCGUGGAUUUGUUUCGUCAUCAUUUUGACGACGAGCACCGUGUUGUGGUCGUCGGGAAACGCGAACACGCAAUGGGUCAAACCUCUAACGAUGGCGCUUUUCAUCGCGUUCGCCGUGCCCGUGCCGGCAUCGUGGGAAUGGGCUGACAAUCCACGAUAUUGGUUUAUCCAGCCCCCGAUGACGACCCGAAGAUUCAUCGGACGCCACGUGAUGCGAAUCAUGAGUACUCCGUGGACGAAUGUGGUUUUUCCAGACUUCUUCAUAGCCGAUCAGCUCACGUCGCAGUCCACGGCGAUUGCGGAUUUGAUGAUCACGUUCCACUUGGCAUCCGAAACGGCGUCGACUCGCGUCAUCGCGGCGACGAUUCCGCACUACUGGCGGUUCAUUCAGAGCUUUCGCCGGGCGAGAGACUCUGUGGUGCACAAACGAGGCGGGGCGUUGUCGACGCACUUACUAAACGCCGGAAAGUAUGGCUGCUCCAUAGUCGCGAUUUGGCUUCGCUUCUGGGCUUUGCGAUCGAGCCAGAGCGACAAUCACAGCUCUCCACCAUGGAUCGUCGCUUAUAUCGCGACGGCGUCGAGCGUGUGUUACUCGCUUUAUUGGGAUUUCUUCAUGGAUUGGUCGAUUUUCACGUUCAACCCAGAGUCAAAGUGGCGCGUUGAAUUCCUGUCGAGGCGUUCGCUCGUAAAAUCUCGCGCGGUUUGGGUCGCCGCGAUAGUUUUCAAUGUUUUCGCUCGCUCGGCGGGCUUGUUCGCCGCCGUCCCGGGUUUGCCGAUGCGACAUCUUUCGACGCAAGUGCUCGUCACGGGAUUGUCCGCCGUUGAAGUUAUCCGGCGGGCGAUCUGGAACGUUUUCCGCGUCGAGGCUGAACACGCGGUGAACUGUGGUGGGUUUCGCGCGUCGGCGGACAGCCAAUUCGACGCUUUGGAAGACCCUUUCGUCGCGCACGUAGACGAACUCAGCCGAGAACUACAGUACGUCCCGGUGAAGGGCGGUCAAAAAGUGUAGAAU